GGAGUGCGCAGGCGACGAACAGUUCGCGAUCGACCGUCCUCUCACUCUCACCGCGAUAUCGAUAAACCGGAAUCGAGAUAUCGAUGUGUUGAUGUGACAUCGGCGAUUAAUCGGGGAAUCGUUUGUAGUACUUGUAUAAAAAUACUAUAACCGUUGUUAAUUUCUGUGAAUUUUUCGUGGACUGUGCAAAUUGUUACAAUGUACCCUGGAGAUAGAAUUCGUUUUGUGGGACAGUGAAAUUAUUUCAUUGUAGUUGUUACUAGUGCUAGUAGGGACUGGAUUCGUUUCUCGUGCGUGGUAUCACUGACAUGUGAUACCACAAUACAGCUACCAAGACGGAAAAAGACGGCAAAUACAAAAAGCGACCGAAAAGAAAAAGAAUUUCCGACAUGAGGGUUGAUCUACGUAGUAUUAAGUGUGCAACUGCACUGCGUGCUGGCCUCAAAGCGGCCAUGUACGAGAGCAGUUGCUCCUACGCAGGAGCAUUGGAAUUGAAGAGAAGCGCUCUGAAGGAGGAACCAUGGCCGGCCACAGAAUGGCCUCCCUACCGUUUACAUCAGUCUACUUUCGAGCAACUGAAACAGAGUGUGGAGAAGGCCAAAGCGGCGUUACAAGACAGAUCAGGUCUGUUAGGGACUGCUACAGCCUUCGGUGACUUCUAUGGAGGACAGCUGGGGCAGGACGCCACCAGCUCCACGCUGGGCUUCGGACGGACGGCAAGGACUGAGGACUCGAUGCUUGGCACUAUGGAUAAAAGCAAAACUAUCGGUCCAGACAAGCUAUCUGGAGGGAUGGGUAAAGCCUACUCAACACCAACCCUGUCCGACACGCUACGGGCUACAAAAUGUUCAGAUGCCUCCUACAAGAGUACUUGGUCUACACAUGCCACAUCACAGGGUUCACAAGGCUAUGGCACCAACUCGUUAUCGGCUAUGUCGAAGUCGACGCUUGACGCGCACACACAUUUACGUCAACCAGAUCCAUAUCAAAUGUUUGGACCUACAAGCAGUCGGCUAGCAAACUCAGGCUCAGGACAAAUUCAGCUCUGGCAGUUUCUUCUGGAGCUACUGAGUGACUCGAGUAAUGCUGGCUGCAUCACAUGGGAGGGGACUAAUGGAGAGUUCAAGCUCACGGACCCUGACGAGGUGGCGCGUCGGUGGGGAGAGAGGAAGUCCAAGCCAAAUAUGAAUUACGACAAGCUGAGCCGAGCUCUGAGAUAUUACUACGACAAAAACAUAAUGACAAAGGUUCAUGGCAAGAGGUACGCCUACAAAUUCGAUUUCCAAGGCUUGGCGGCGGCCACGCAGCCGGCGGCGAGUGAUCCAGCUUAUAAGUACCAGAGUGAUCUGUUCAUGAGCUCAUACCACCACUCGGCUAAGCUCUCGUCUUUCAUGGCCCCGCACGCGGCUAUGCCUACAUCCACAGCGUCGAUAUUCCCAUCUGCGUCAUGGGGUAACUGGGGCGGCGGGGGCAGUAAUCUGUACUCACCACACUCUAUGGCUCCACCUCAUGUGACGUCACACCUCGGCUCCUACCCGCACUACGCAUGACCAAGAUAAAGCAACACUACGACAAUCGACAAUGAUUUGCAAUUUUAAUUUUUGGAACAUUUUUUGUUUAUGUUAAUUUUUUUUAUGUAAUUUUUUAAAUAAGUUGUUUGAUAUUUUUUUGUAAGUUCUAUAUCUCUAUAAUUUAUUUCGACUUUGUCUGAUAGUUAUUUAUUUAUUUAUUUUCCUAACAUUCCUGUGACAAAGUUUUUUAGAGAAUAUAUUUUAUGAAUGAUGUAACGAAGGUAUGGACAUAUUCCUCAUGAGCAUCAAGUUACCGUAAACUGGCAACUUUUGAGUAAUGAUAAUACCUAUUAUUGCUUUCUAUAAAUAAUACUAUCGAGAAACUAUUAAAAAGAUCUCAAUCGAUCAGUUUAUGGUAGUUUGGCGCUGACCUUUGUAUUUAUGUUAUACGAUGCAAUAUUGUUUUCAUAACACGAGUCAGGCGGACCGCAACACUAGUCUUUUAUCAAAAAAUUAUGUAAAUAAUAGAUACUCUUUACUAUUAAGUAGAAUUAUUUAUAUAGAAUAAAAAAAAUAAUGAAAAAAAUUAUUGGUCGUAUGAAAAUUAUUGUAAAAACAACCAAUACUUCUUGCUGAUAAGCUGAUCAAUGUUUUGCAAUAACAAACAUUCAUUAUUAUAAUGCCAAGUCAUUCUGAGAUGUCUGUUUAACGAUUUGUCUAAUGUAACAUUCCAUUCGUUUUAUAUAUCUACAUAAUAUUAUAUGUAUAAACUCAAACCUCGUUUUAUAUUCGACUGCAUCACUGUUAGGUGACUUAAAAUAUCGUACGCAUCGCACGCAUUCCGUAUGAGGCCAUCAGUACGCAUCGCAUGUAAGCAUUACCGAUGAUGCGGUCCGUACGAUGCGGAACAUUGUAAGCAGUUGUAUGAGUUUCUAUACAAGAUAAACUAAAAUCCGUGCGUUGCGUGUGAUGCGGGCCUGUGGACGGGUAGCUAUAAUCAGAAGUGUUGGAAUUAUUUGCCGAAGUUAUUGCAAAAUGAGCUCAGAAAAGUAUUCGGUACUCAAAAAAAUUAAGCACAUUCGCCACGUAUAGUCAAACGAUUGGCGGUAAUGUAACCAGUAUUAAUUAACAUGUAAAAUAAUUAACUUUUAAGCCAAGAUAUAAUGAGGUAUAAGUACCUAAAGUAAGUAUUUUUAUUAAAAUCCAAAAAUUUGUUUUGAAAAAUCAAAAACUAAGCUCAAAUUUUCUGUGCCAUUUAAUGCAUGGACAAAAAUCGUCCAUCUUGAUUUUAUCGAAUUGCCGCGGUUUAAAUACAUAAGUACAGUGACUAUUCUCUUUUGUACAUAAUUAUUAUCAGUAUUAUAUUAGAAGCAAUAAUUUAUUAUAUUUCGAUAUUUUAAGCCAGACAAAGAAUCAUUACGUACUAUGGCUUGUCGAAGGAAUACACAUUUAAAUUCCUAUUUUACAGAUAAUUUCUGAAAAUUCAAAUGGGAUAACUAUUUUAAAUAACUAUUACUUUUAUCUCAAGAAACAUUCAUCUUGAUAAAAUAAAAGAUUAGUUUUAAAAUGAUCAUUAAAUUAUUACCUGGAAAUAUUUUUUUAAAUGUAAUGAUUUUUCUGUUUAAUCGAAAGUGAUUCUAUAUACUGAGUAUCUAUCGUUAUUUCUACUGCGAAUAAUGUAGUUUUUAUGUACUAUUCAAAUCCAAUUCUUAUUUUCCCUUUAAAAUAACCAAACUCGUUCUACUAUUAUAAAGUCCUUCUUAUAUUUUUGAUUAUAAUCUUCAAAAAUAUAACAAUAUUUGUUAGUUACCAAUGUUACCGUUUACUGUACCUAAUAAUACCAAAUACUGUGAAGUAAUAGACGUGUAUAUAAUGUUAGAUUAUUUUAAAAAAGUGCAAUCGUAUUAGUAAUAGUUUAGAUUGGAACUCUUCGUGUAAUUAUUGUUUAUAUUAUUGUAAUAGAACUACUCUAUUAUUUUAUACAGUGUUUGGUUUGGAGUGUGACACAAUUGUUUGAGGAUGUAGAAGGCCAAAACAACUUGACUUAUAAAUUUCGUGAGACAUACUAAAUUAAUUAUUAUGUUAUCGACUUACUCACGUAACUGUUUGACGAGGAACUCGACUAUUUUCAAGCCAUGCUAGAGGCUCAUAUUUCAUGAGCAGCAAACUACAUUCCACUAAUUCUAUUAAUAGCAGCAAUCUAACCGAGUUUCUCGUCAAACAGUUACGUUAGCCGAUAACAUAAUAAUUAACUACAUAACUUUUUAUGAACUAAAAUAAUGGUUUAAAAAUUACAUUAACCAAAAAUUAAGACGCAGCUAAAGCUCCUUUGUAUCCCUCAAAUAAUUUCGUUUAUUCAUACACCAAACAUUAUGUAUACAUAGUUAUUUUCAAUUUUAGUUUUGAUGUUUCAAUUGGUCUUUGCGAUUUGAACAUGAUUUGCAUUGGGUGUCUUCAUGCUAGGUUUCCACAAAUAACUUUAAUUUAUUACCCGUAAUUCAUUAAUUAUUAAUUUUUUAAAGUUCCUUCGAACACAUCAUGUCUCCAAAGACUGGACAUACUUUAUCAAAAUAAAAACUAAGCUCAAUUUAUAAAUGUUUGGGCUUAUUUUGAUAAAAUGUACGAACUAGCAUGAGAUACCCCGUUGAGUGAGAAAAUAAGAAUUAGUAUUAUAUUAUGUAUGUUUAAUAAUCAAUUUAAAUGUCGCAGCCGCAACUAAAUAUUUAUUAGCAAGCAUAAUUAUUUAAACUAAAAUGUGUCUAGAUUAAUAAAUUUUAGUUAUCAUAAGAAUUACCUAUCUAAGUAUUAUAGUGAUUUGCAAAAGGAUUUCAGUCAUUAGAUUUUGAUAUUAUUUAUUUAUUUAUAUUUUGAAAUUUUGCUCUGUUUAUAUUUAAGGUAAUUUUAAAAUAUUUUUCGUUAUAAUGCAUGUGUCAAUAAUAAUGAAAAACAUUUAGUCGUAGAAGACCAUUGUAUAGAUGUUAUUGUAUUUGAAAAUGAAUAAACAAAUGAAACGUA